UAUAGAGAAGUACUUUUCUUGUCUUUUCCCCUCUUUCUUUUCCCGGUUUCGUUAGCGGUCUCCUUCGAGUGGUUUACAUGCGGACUGUCAUUCAGAAAUACUACAGCCUGCUUUUCGAGCGCUCACGUGUUUGACCUUACCUUUAUAUAUUUUUCUUCUUUAAAAAAAAAACUUUAAUUUACUUCAACAUUUUUUUUUGUUAUAGCCAAACUUUGUGGCUUCAUUUCUAAGGCUGCGACCAGUUGGCGUUUCGGUGACAGUCGCGUCUGUUCAGAGUUGUGAUUUAUUCUUAGUUUGAUUCACGGAUCAAGUUAUUGAAAUCAUAAAGUCAUUGGAAGUAGAGGUGAGGAGCUUUUUGAGGGAUAACGGAAUGGUAUACGUGCAGGUCACCAGCGGGUAAUACACCGUGGAUACUUCAUCACUGCUGGGAAUUUGACAGUUUAAGCGGUUGGGAAUUCAUAUUCAUCACUAAACCAAAAUGGAGCUUUUCUGGCUCUGUCUGCUGGUGCUGCAGACGUUCCUGAUGUCCACUGCUGCCAGAGGUCCACCCAGGGUGUCAGAACGGGUGGCUCAUCGGCAGAGUGUCCGGCUGGGUCGUACCAUGAAGCUGCCCUGCCCCGUAGAGGGUGACCCCCCACCACUCAUCAUGUGGACCAAAGACGGCCGCAACAUCCACAGUGGCUGGACACGGUUCAGGGUGUUACAGCACGCUCUGCGUAUCAAAGAAGUAGAGACUGAUGACGCAGGGACUUACAUCUGCAAAGCAACUAACGGGUUUGGCAGCGUGAACAUCAACUACACGCUCAUCAUUAUAAAUGACUCCAGUUCAAGAGGUGGAGCAGCAGCAGCAAAUGGUGAUCAUGAACAUGUUCCAGAGCUGGCAGGGAAACUAGUGCGUCCACGUUUCACCCAGCCUGCAAAGAUGAGGAAACGCGUCAUUGCUCGUCCUGUGGGCAGCUCCGUGCGUCUGAAAUGCACGGCAAGUGGAAACCCUCGCCCCGACAUCAUCUGGCUAAAGGACAGUCGCCCGCUGGUGGACGAGGACGGUGGAGCAGGAGAAGGUGGGGAGAGAGCUGCAGGAGGGGGAACAGGAAGUGGGGAAGGGAAGAAGAAAAAGUGGACACUGAGUCUGAAGAACCUGACGCCGGAGCAUAGUGGGAAAUACACCUGUCACGUCUCAAAUAGAGCGGGAGAGAUCAACGCUACCUACAAAGUGGAAGUUAUACAACGUACCAACUCUAAACCAAUCCUGACUGGUACUCACCCGGUCAACACCACGGUGGACUAUGGAGGAACCACAUCUUUCCAGUGCAAAGUCCGCAGUGAUGUUAAACCAGUCAUCCAGUGGCUUAAAAGAGUCGAGCCUGGUGAUGAGAACAAGUUCAACUCCACCAUAGAGGUAGGUGACCAUCGGUUUGUGGUUCUGCCUACGGGGGAGGUUUGGUCACGUCCUGACGGAUCUUACCUCAACAAGCUUCUGAUAACCAGAGCCAAGGAGGAGGACGCUGGCAUGUACAUCUGCCUGGGAGCCAAUACUAUGGGCUACAGCUUCAGGAGUGCAUACCUCACUGUGCUACCAGAUCUGAAACCGCAAAAUAACCCUGUCCCCACAGCCAUAUCCCCCAGCCUCCCCUGGCCCGUCAUCAUUGGAAUACCAGCAGGCGUCGCUUUCAUUUUAGGCACCGCCCUUCUCUGGUUCUGCCAAUCUAAACGCACCUGCUCCUCUUCUUCAUCCUCCUCUGCCCUUCCUUCCCAGCGUCUCCCCGUAGCCAAUCGCGACCGAGCCUGCCCAACGCUGCCUCCUCAACCUGCCAAUGGGGAUAAAGAUUGUCUUUCUUACGAGGACUACAUCGCCCAUCAGCAGCUGCUCCUGACUCAGGGAGGUGCUGGAUUGGCUCCCAAGGUCUACCCGAAGAUCUACACGGAUAUACACACGCACACGCAUUCACACGUGGACGGGAAGGUGCACCAGCACCAGCACAUUCACUAUCAGUGUUAGCAGUGAAGCUAGCAGCAAAGCUUUGGUGUUUCACAUUCAACUCUUACAGUCACAUCAGCCCACACUGACUACAGAGCAUACAAGGAAAAGCCACAUGCAAGAGACCAUGCGGAUUUGUAUAAAGGAACAUGGGAUCACACAGCUCUUCCUCAUUCUGCUGCAGCCACAUUAUUGUGAACACAUGGACUUAUUCAAGAAAAAAACAAUGAAGAAUGUAAAGAAAGAGAAGAAAAAAGUGCAUCACAAAGAACCUUAUUUUUAGCCAUCAGCUAUUUAGCCAUCUGGGAGCUAAUCCACGAAAGGAAAACAUGUUUUACUCCAAUUUUUUUUCUAUGUCGAAUCUCUUCUAUAGAUCAAUAAGCCUCUCCAUAUUUUGCUUGAGGCCCUCUUUGAAGCAACAAUGAACUCUGCAGCUUCAGGGUAACUGAACCGCUUUGGUCAUGUCCAUUUAUGUCUGUUCUUUAAGACACAACCACAAACUCCUCAGUAACAGCAAGAAUACAGCUUGCUUACACUACAAGGCUCCAAAUAUAGCUACUCCUGUAUAUAGUGGAAUAUUAUAUAGCAUUUAGCAUACUACUUCAUCCUGGGUAAUCUAAAAAGAACAAUAUCACAUGUGUGUAAUGUAAUAGCUUAAUUUCAGAGUAUAUCUCAGGCGUCACCCCAACUGAGCCAUAAGAUCCACAAAUCAAGACAGACUUCACUGUAUCCACACCCUCGGCAAAGAUGAGGGCUGCUGUUUUCUGCUUUUGCCCAGCCGACAGCCGCUCUGAUAAAUGUCCAGCUGCUAUCUGGGUACUGUGUGAAAAAGAGCUGAUGACAAACUGAGUUACUGAGUUCAGACAGCAUGGACAGAAAGCUAUGAAUUCUAGCUGCAGCUACAGAGUGAUUUCUUCUCGGUUGCAGAAAUUAUAUCUGUCCCAACUUACGGUUUCUAACCCUUUACUUUCUGGAGAGUGUUGGCAUUUCCUGUUUGACAUCACCUCCUUUUCAGCUUUGUUUGAUGCUCACUGACUUUAGAGGAGAGAGAGACGGAGAAGGAUGAAGGUUCAGUUCUCCUCAUGUCAGACAUGUUCAACCUCUUUACCUAACAGCUCAAAGGGAUGCUCAACAAUGCUGUGGUGCGAAAGUGUGUCUUCUAAGAAUUGUUUCCUGAUUUUAUAGAUUGCUCAUUUGAAAUGUGACUGAUUCUUUUUAAUUUUUCAUGAGACUCCGAGAGUUCAAAAGACAUAAAAUCUUAAGCUGGGUAAUUUAAGGAUGAGACUUAAAGCCCUUAACUCUCCUCUUUUAGUGUGUCACAAGAUGACCUGGGGCAUAAUCAAGGUUUGUUACAAGACAGAGAGACUCUUUUGUUAUCUCCUGUUUUCAUUUAACAAAGAAAAAAUAUGGAUAAAGGGGCUGUGCUUCCAGCUGCAGAAACAUCUGUCACCCUGACACAGAAAGUUGAAACUGUUGCAAUCACUUGAAAGGUAAAAUUAUGGUAUACAGCCUGUAACUGGAUCGAAUAUUAAUAUUUUUAUUACAAAUACUAGAGCCAAUUGUUAGAGCCAUAUAUUGUGCAGAAAGUCUUUCAUGUGGAUGAAUAACAACUACAAUAAUAACCACUGAUUAGCUACAAGUUAAUACACUUCUCUUAUUGCUGGCAAUCAGUUAUCACUGUUUUCGUAAAUUCAAGGAUAUAUAUCACUAGUUUUAUUGACCUUGUGAUAUGUUGACUAAUUGGAUCAACAAAUGUGUGUUUUAGGCCUUAUCAUGCCAUUUGAUUACAACUUAGUCUCAAGGUAAUGUUAUUUGAAACCUCGAUAUAACUCCACAGAUGAGACAUCUUCUCAAGACUGUGUGGGU